GAAACGUCAAAAUAGUGAAACAAAACAAACGUGCGUGUCUUCGUUCUCGUGCGGUGGCGGUGUACCUAGUUCACACAUUACGAAUUAUUCCCGAAAACAGCGUUAUUCAAGUAACUAUUCAGCUUUACAAUGUGCAGCAUCGGCGAAGAUGACUUCGGAGACGAGGGUGGCGCUCACGCCAUGAAGGAAGAAUCCCCCAUACCGGAAGAAGGCACAUCGUCGGCUCUGGAACAGCAUGAGAUCUGCCACAAGUGUAAUGAACAGCCUGCGGUGUUGAAGCUGAACCGAAAGGAGCCCCAGUGCCGUGGAUGUUUUCUGCAUUACGUGCGGCACAAGUUUCGAGCUUCGCUGGGAGCCACCAAAAUCGUUCGGCGGGGUUCCAAGGUGAUGGUGGUUUUCAACGGCUCGCCGGAGAAUGUAGUGAUGCUGGACAUGAUCCGGCAUGGUUUGGACCAGGAUGCUUUCAAGAAGUUACGAGUGGACCCGGUGGUGGUGUUUGUCAAUGAGGAUUUCAUUGACGGGAGUCGAGGGGAUCUUGAGCAGAGUGUGGGCGAGAAAGUUGAGAUUAUGAAACAAUUUGAAUUUCCAUCCUAUUAUGCCGUGCUGGGUGGUCAAGAAAGCUGUGGAAUUGGCGAGGGUAAUCUAUCGGAGAAAUUUCACGCGGAGCAAGAAGCAUUUAGGAAGAUCUUGGGAGGAAUCAAAAGCGUAACAUCGAAGCAGGACUUCAUUGUACAGACUAGGAAGCAAACGUACAAGGCAUUAGCCAAGCAGUUGGAAUGUGGAUACAUAUUCCUGUCCAGUAUUGGGUUAGAACUUGCGAAGACAUUGCUGUCGGACGUGGCUCUGGGUCGAGGAAGAUCCCUUGCUCUAGACAUUGCCUUUUGUGACGAUCGUGACGAAGAGCGGAAAAUAAUUCGUCCUAUGCGAGAUCUGAACCCUGAGGAAAUCGACUAUUACUUGAACUUCGCAGAGAAUCAGCUGCGAAGUGUCAUAGCUUUGGACCCGUUCCGAGAGAAAUCAAGUUUGCAGAAUUUGACGUCCAAAUUUGUCGAUGGGUUGCAGCAAUCAUUUCCCUCUACGGUGUCCACCGUGUUUCGGACGGGAGAUAAGCUGGGUGCGGAAAAAGUGGCAGAUUCCAAUGAACCAAAAGCAAACGACGACCAUUUCUUAGAGCUGUUUGAUAAAUCUUUGAAAAUCGAGCCAACGGCAGAAGAACCAAGCAAGUGUAAAUUUUGUCACUCGAGUCUGGACUAUCGGGAUUCGGCCACACUGUUUGCAACGGAAUUCUCCCGGAUGGUUUCUUCGCGAAUUAACGUGGAACUGAGUCACGAGAGUAUUAUCGAAAGUACCAGACUAAUGGAACGGGACGCGUGCAAAGCGGUAAACGCCGAACUUGAGGACGACGAGAUGAGACAGCUCAAACGGGAGUUGUGCCACGCUUGCAGGAAUAUUUUUAUCGAUUUUGAUGGAAAAUAAUAUAUGCUUUGGAAGCUGUGCUUCAAGUUGUA